AUACACAGUGUAUAAAGAGUGCAGUAGGGGGGUAGAGUUCAAGAGGCCAGCCUUCAGAGCGAAGCAAUGGCACUGCUGAAGCUGGUCCUCCUGGCUCUUCUGAUUAGGAAGGUGAUGCCUGUGUGUCGCCUGCAGGGGAUGGCGCAACUGCCUGAGCUGUCCAAGGAUGGAGACUUCAUCUUAGGUGGCAUUUUCACCUUUCACACUGGGUACAGAGGCAGCGUGCCCACAUUUCAAUCCUUACCCGAUCCUCCAACGUGUCUGAACAUCAAUGUAAGAGAAUUCAAAUUUGCCCAGACCAUGAUUUUUGCAAUUGAGGAGAUAAAUCAAAAUGCUGCAAUGCUCCCAAAUUACACGCUGGGCUACAAGAUUUACAAUUCCUGUGGAAUGACAAACAUUAUGAAGGCUGCUAUAGAUUUAGCCAGUGGACAGAGGGAGAUCAUAGAUGAGAGGAACUGUACAAAGCCUGACACUGCCCAGGCUGUACUAGGCCACUCUGGCUCAGCACCUACAGUGGGAUUUGCUCGGAUUAUAGGAAGAUUUCAUAUACCAGUGCUCAGCCACUUUGCAACCUGUGCAUGUCUGAGCAACAGAGAGGAGUUUCCAACGUUCUUCCGAACCAUUCCCAGUGAUCUCCACCAGAGCAGAGCCUUAGCAAAGCUGGUCAAGCUCUUUGGCUGGACCUGGGUGGGGGCAAUAAGUAAUAAAAAUGACUACGGUAACAACGGGAUCGCCACAUUUAUACAAGCUGCACAAGAAGAAGGGGUGUGCAUUGAGUACUACCAGGCAUUUGAGCAAACAGGUCCUCCCCGUGAGUUAACAAAAGUGGUUGAAACUGUGAGGCACUCAACCUCUAAAGUCAUCGUAGCCUUCAUGUCCCACAGAGAAGUUAAUGUGCUGGCAACAGAGUUGUAUAAACAGAACAUUACAGGACUGCAGUGGGUCGGCAGCGACGCCUGGAUCACAGAUCACUCUCUAACUGACAGUGAGGGGCACAGCAUCCUGGAGGGAUCUCUGGGCUUCGCUGUCAGCCGAGCUAAGAUCCCAGGGCUGGAGGAGCACCUGAGGGGGCUCCAUCCCUCCCAGUUCCCUGACAGUCAGUUUGUCAGAGAUUUCUGGGAACAUGUGUUUGACUGCUCGCUGAAUGAUAGUACAAAUGCACAAAAAAAGCCAUGCAGCGGCUCUGAGAGCUUGCAGAAUGUUCAGUCAUAUUUCACAGAUGUUUCAGAGCUGAGAUUCACAAACAAUGUCUACAAGUCAGUUUACUCAGUAGCUCACGCUCUCCACAACCUGGUCACAUGUGAAGAGAGGAACGGCCCUCUCUAUAGUGGGAGCUGUACUGAUCCCAAACACAUUCAACCAUGGCAGGUGCUACAUUAUUUGCAGAAUAUCAACUUCACAACAAAUCAGGGGGAGAGAGUGACCUUUGACCAGAAUGGAGAUCCACCUGCAAGAUAUGAACUAAUAAAUAUACAGCGUGUUACUUCAGGAACUAUGCAUGUUGCCACAGUUGGUGUUUUUGAUGCAACUCUGCCCUGUGAGCGUCAGUUUAUAAUGAAUGGCAUGAAGAUAGUUUGGGGUGGAGGAAGUCAUACGGUGCCUGUGUCAGUGUGCAGUGAGAAAUGCCCCCCAGGAAGACGCAAAGUCCUCCAGAAAGGAAAGCCUGUCUGCUGCUAUGAUUGCAUACCCUGUCCAGCAGGCGAGAUCAGUAAUCUAACAGAUUCAAUACACUGUAUGAAAUGCCCACCAGAAUACUGGUCCAACAACCAGAGAGAUGCUUGCAUCCCUAAAGUAAUAGAAUUCUUGGCAUAUGAUGAAAUCCUGGGUACACUGUUAGCCUUAUUUUCAUUGCUUGGAGUUUUUCUAACUAUGAUCACAACACAAGUCUUCUACUGCCACAAAGAAACCCCACUAGUGCGGGCCAAUAACUCUGAGCUGAGCUUCCUGCUGCUCUUCUCCUUGACUCUGUGUUUCCUGUGCUCUCUGACCUUCAUCGGCCGGCCCUCUGAGUGGUCCUGCAUGCUGCGACACACAGCAUUCGGCAUCACCUUUGUCCUCUGUAUCUCUUGUGUACUGGGGAAAACUAUAGUAGUGUUAAUGGCCUUCAGGGCUACACUUCCAGGUAGUAAUGUGAUGAAAUGGUUUGGGCCAACACAGCAGAGACUCAGUGUUCUGGCUUUCACUCUCAUACAGGUUGUGAUUUGUAUACUUUGGCUGACAAUCAACCCUCCUUUCCCUUUUGAGAAUUUGUUGCUCUAUAAGGACAGAAUUAUCUUAGAGUGCGCUUUGGGCUCAGCUGUAGGGUUCUGGGCUGUGUUAGGAUAUAUAGGACUCCUGGCUCUCUUGUGUUUUCUACUUGCUUUUUUGGCUCGAAAGCUGCCUGAUAAUUUCAAUGAAGCUAAACUCAUCACCUUCAGCAUGCUGAUAUUCUGUGCAGUCUGGAUCACCUUUAUCCCAGCUUAUGUCAGCUCUCCUGGGAAGUUCACUGUGGCUGUGGAGAUAUUUGCUAUUCUGGCUUCUAGUUAUGGGCUACUUUUCUGCAUUUUUAUCCCCAAAUGUUAUGUUAUUUUAAUGAGACCAGAACAAAAUACAAAAAAGCAUAUAAUUGGCAAAACAAAAGAUAUUCAUUGUUAA